UCUUGAAAUGGUCUUAAACAAACAAAUCAAGCCAUGUGGCAAUUAGCUAGCAAAACUUUUUCGAAAUUUGUUCGAAAAAAGAUCAGUAACAUAGCUCGAAAGAUUUUGAAAUGUACAAAAUUGCUGUGAGAGUGAAAUGGUACCGAAAGGUGCAGCCUUUUGUUGAAAAUGUGAGGUUUAUGAGUGUGGCAAACAUCAAACAGGAGGGACCCUUAUUUCCUAGCAAAGAUGAGUUUCCUAGCAGACACAUAGGGCCUAGGGAUAGUGAUAUUAUCACUAUGUUAGACACUAUAGGAUAUAAGAGUCUAGAUGAGCUUACUGACAAGGCAGUACCCAGAAAUAUAUCUCUAAACAAACCUUUAGAUAUUGAAGAACCAGUAGGUGAAUAUGAGCUGAUCAACAGAAUACGUAAAAUAGCCGAAAGAAACAAAAUAUGGAGGUCCUACAUCGGUAUGGGUUACCAUAAUUGUUGCGUACCUCACACUAUCAUGAGGAAUAUACUUGAAAAUCCCGGUUGGACCACCCAGUAUACACCUUACCAACCUGAGGUUGCCCAAGGACGUCUCGAAGGACUUCUAAACUACCAAACUAUGGUAGCUGAGUUAACUGGCUUGGAAGUAGCUAAUGCUUCGUUGUUAGAUGAAGGUACAGCAGCUGCAGAAGCUUUGUCAUUGUGUUUCAGGCAAAACAAACGAAGAAAAUUGCUAGUAUCGGAUAAAUUACAUCCACAAACCAUAUCUGUUGUACAAACUAGGUUGAGUUCUUUAGGACUGGAAGUUGAAGUGGUAGAUGUCUUUCAAUCCGAUUUUUCGAAUAGAGAUAUUGCUGGAGUACUGUUCCAGUACCCCGACACUGAAGGCAACGUCUUGGACUAUAGUACUGUAGCUGACAAUGCCCAUUCUCAUGGUACUUUGGUUUGCUGCGCUACAGAUCUCCUCAGCUUAACUCUUCUACGACCUCCCAGUGAAUUCGGAGCUGACAUCGCCAUAGGUACCUCACAAAGAUUCGGUGUUCCUCUAGGCUACGGUGGACCUCACGCAGGGUUCUUUGCUUGCAAUCAGUCCUUAGUACGUCUGAUGCCUGGAAGAAUGAUCGGAGUCACCAGAGAUGCAGCUGGAAGAGAUGGUUAUCGUCUAGCACUACAAACCAGGGAACAACACAUUCGCAGAGACAAAGCUACCAGUAACAUCUGCACAGCGCAGGCUCUGUUAGCUAACAUGUCAGCUAUGUUUGCUGUGUACCAUGGACCGCAAGGAUUGAAGGAUAUAGCAACGCAAGUCCAUCAUUAUGCUUUGAUAUUGCACUUGGGAUUACAAAGAGAGGGUAAUACACUAACCAAUGAAGUUUUCUUUGAUACAUUGAGAGUUUUUCCAAGACUCGAAAUAGAUGAAAUCAAAAGUAGAGCAUACGAAAAAGAAAUCAACCUGAGAUAUUACGAAGAUGAUUCCAUUGGUAUCGCUUUAGAUGAAACAGUAACCAGCAAAGAUGUAGAUGACUUAUUUUAUGUCUUGGGAAGUACACAGAGCGUUGAAAAACUUUUAGAAGACUCCAAAGUUCGUGAUAAAGCUAUUUAUCGUACAGAAUUCAAAAGAACUUCACCCUAUUUAACUCAUCCAGUCUUUAACUCACAUCACUCCGAAACCAGGAUAGUUAGAUACAUGAAAAUUCUAGAAAACAAAGAUAUUUCAUUGGUCCAUUCGAUGAUACCUUUAGGUUCUUGUACGAUGAAGCUAAACUCAACCACCGAAAUGAUGCCAUGCUCCUUCAAACAUUUCACUGACAUACAUCCUUUCGCACCACUUGACCAGUCUUUGGGUUAUCACCAACUGUUUGCAGAGUUAGAGAAAGAUCUCUGUGCCAUUACUGGCUACGAUAGGAUCAGUUUUCAACCAAACAGCGGUGCCCAAGGAGAAUUCGCUGGUCUCAGAGCGAUUCAGUGCUACCACGAAGCAAAAGGCGACAAACACAGAGACGUCUGUCUUAUACCGGUCAGUGCUCACGGUACCAAUCCAGCAAGUGCUCAGAUGGCUGGCAUGAGAGUUGAACCGGUCAAAGUAAAAAGUGACGGAACAAUUGAUGUGGAAGACCUGAAAUCUAAGGCAGAAAAAUUCAGGAAUAGACUGUCAUGUUUGAUGAUAACCUACCCAUCAACCAAUGGUGUUUUCGAAGAUACUGUGGCAGAAGUGUGUGAUAUAACUCACAAAAAUGGCGGCCAAGUUUAUCUUGACGGAGCUAACAUGAAUGCCCAGGUAGGGUUGUGUAGGCCUGGUGAUUACGGUAGUGAUGUAUCUCAUUUGAACCUACACAAAACUUUUUGUAUCCCUCACGGUGGUGGGGGUCCAGGAAUGGGUCCUAUAGGAGUUAAAAACCAUCUAGCACCAUUCCUUCCUGGACAUCCAGUUGUAAACCCUUUGGGUGCCAAUUCUCCUUCCUAUGGUGUAGUUAGUGCUGCUCCUUUUGGUUCUAGCGCAAUUCUACCAAUUUCUUGGGCUUAUAUUAAGAUGAUGGGACCUCGUGGUCUUAGAAAAGCCACACAGGUAGCUAUUUUGAAUGCUAACUAUAUGUCUAAAGUUCUGGAACCUUACUACCCAACUCUAUUCAAGAGUGCAUCAUCCCAGUUAGCUGCGCAUGAAUUUAUCAUCGAUAUAAGAGAAUUUAAGAAAACUGCCAACAUUGAAGCAGCAGACAUAGCAAAGAGACUAAUGGAUUACGGAUUCCAUGCUCCUACGAUGUCGUGGCCUGUCCCAGGAACUUUGAUGAUCGAACCAACAGAAUCAGAAGAUAAACAGGAACUAGACAGGUUUUGUGAUGCUCUGAUCUCGAUCAGACAGGAGAUCAGAGAUAUUGAAGAAGGUAAAUUGGAUAUAAGGAUAAAUCCUUUGAAGCUGGCGCCUCAUACUCAGGAGCAAGUGAUCAGUAGCACUUGGGAGAGGCCUUAUACCAGGGAACAGGCUGCUUUUCCUGCACCUUUUGUGAAGCCAGAAGUGAAAGUGUGGCCUACUGUGGCUAGGAUUGAUGAUAUUUAUGGAGAUAAGCAUUUGGUUUGUACGUGUCCUCCGAUUUUGGAUGAAUAUAACUAUUAAGAUGAAAUAACUGUUUUAAUUUAUUAAGUUUUUUAUGUUUGUUAACUCUUUUUUACUUCUAUAUGUGUAAUAAAAUAAAUUGUGACAAAAUAAAAUAUUUUUAACACGAUUCCCUACAAAUAAAAAUGAUUCCAGGGUUAUUCAAUCCAUCUCUUUGGUAUAUCUUGCAAGAAGGAUACCUCUAGGUUUUAAAAAAUCCAUAUAGACAGUUAUUUUGAAUCCAAACUACAUGUCUAAGACCAGAUCUGAUAUUCUAAAAGUUAAAAAAUGCUGAAAUUCUGGAUUAUUGUAUUCAGAAUCAGAAAUCAGAAAA